UCGCUGACAAUAACCAACCCCGCCAGUCCUUUAUGGGUUGGUGGUUGUAGCGUUAUGAAGUCGGACAAAUAAUGAAUGCAGCAUGCAACCCGCUUUACCACUUAAAGCAUUUAUGAUAUUUGCUUUCUCGCCGACCACGUCUGUGUCUAAUCAAAUCAUUGAUACACGGGCUUUCUGUUCAAAUUCAUAAAUUGGGCUCGUUUUUUCUAAUCUAUCGAAGAACGAUUUUGAUUUGGGAGUUCCUUGUGAAUGCAUGUUUAUUUGGAUGUUAGCUGCAUGCAGUUGUUGGAUGAAGAUUUCUUUUGAUCCCUCCUUGAGUUGUGAGCAAUUUUACUUUGCACCAGGAUCUGCUGAAAGAUAAUGCCAGUGUUCUUAUGGAAAUAUACUUGGUUUCAACUUGUGCCAGGAUGCUAAACCUUGAAGCUCUCUGAAUGCAAGUAUUCUUUUCAUUCCACUAAAGUAUAGUGGCAUGCCCAUGUUCAAUAUCAGGUGUUCAAAAUUAUGCAAUCUUCCAAUGUUUCUUUCCGUCGGACUAUGGUUUGAUGAUUCAAUCACCUGAUCAUAUUGGAAGCUUGUGGUUUGGAUUUUCACACAGAAAACAUGAAUAAAAGUCAUUUGUGGUUAUAUAUCACCAUAUGUGUCCUGGCUUUUGUCACUUCAAAAAUUAUCAUUGCUUUUCUGCUUUAUUGGAGAUGGUAUCGAAACCAUCGUGUUUGUGAAGAUGGUAUGGCAGGUGGUAAAAUGGUUCUGUUCAAGACAUCAGGAAAGGACUCCUUUACAUCUGAAACCUUGCUGAAGAAGAUACUGAAUUUGACCAGUAAGGAUAUCAUCGGUACAGGUGGCUUUGCUACAGUCUACAAAGUGGUCAUUGAUGAACGUACAGCCUUUGCCAUAAAAAGGCUUAGUAGAGGUAGCAUUGAUCAAGAGCGGGGCUUUGAAAGAGAGCUUGAUGCAAUGGGUGAUAUAAAGCACAGGAAUGUAGUGACACUCCGUGGAUAUUACAGUACGUCUCAUGUUAACAUUUUAGUUUAUGACCUUAUGAAGAAUGGGAGUUUGGACACAAUUCUUCACAAAGGCUCUCCAAACAAAGUAUCUUUAGAUUGGUCCACACGGCACAAAAUAGCACUUGGUGCUGCUCGUGGGAUAGCAUAUCUUCAUCAUGAUUGCAUUCCACGCAUCAUUCAUAGGGACAUUAAGUCUAGCAAUAUUUUGUUGGACGAGGACAUGGAUGCCAGGAUUGCUGAUUUCGGUUUAGCAACAUUGAUAAAUCCUCAACAAUCACAUGUAUCUACUCUUGUUGCAGGGACUUUUGGCUAUCUAGCUCCUGAGUAUGUGGACACAGGGAGAGCCACAGAAAAGGGAGACGUCUACAGCUACGGCGUUGUCUUGCUUGAGCUCUUAACAGGGAAAAGGCCAACUGAUGAAGCGUUUAUUGAGAAAGGGAAUAACAUGGUGGCAUCGGUGAAAUCACUUAUUGAAGAUGGCUGCGAGGAGUAUGCCUUUGAUGCUGAGUUGACAGAUUUAUCAACACAGAAAGAGAUUAAAGAUGCAUUUCUAAUUGCCUAUAAAUGUUUAAAUCAAAACCCAGUUGAAAGGCCAUCAAUGGCACAAGUUGUCAAAAUGCUUGAACAAAUAAAAUCAGGAAGUUUUACUUUGCAGAUUCGCUCUUGAGAUUAUCAUUUUAGAAAAUUGGAAAGACAACAUAACUUUAAUAUAUGGGUUUAUUCAAGCACCAUCUAAACCAACUCAGUGACAAACAUUUUCUAUUUUUGAUUAUUAAUUUGUAUGUAUUUUGCACAAGCUAAUAACGGCCUUGGCAGUUUUACUCA